UCAUAGACCCUGUGAAUGCUCAUCUGCUUGGAGUUCUGUCCGUCCAGGUCAUCAUGUCAGACUCCAACAACACUGGCACCUCCUUCUUCCUAUCAGGCCUCCCAGGCCUUGAGGCUGUGUACACCUGGCUCUCCAUCCCUCUGUGUGCCAUGUAUGUGGCAUCUCUGGCAGGGAACAGCCUGAUCCUCUGGGUGGUGAGGUCAGAGCCCUCCCUGCACCAGCCCAUGUACUACUUUCUGUCCAUGCUGGCAGUGACUGACCUGGGCCUGUCUGCCUCCACACUGCCCACCAUGCUCACCAUCUACAUGCUGGGUCUCAGGGAGGUGGCAGUGGAUGUGUGUCUGGCCCAGCUCUUCUUCAUCCACACCUUCUCCAUCAUGGAGUCCUCUGUGCUGCUGACCAUGGCCUUUGACCGUGUUGUGGCCAUCAGCAACCCCCUGCGCUAUGGCACCAUCCUCACGAGUCCCCGGAUUGCCAGCUUGGGCCUGGCCAUCAUGCUACGCAGCGUGGGUCUCCACAUCCCAGCUCCCAUCAUGCUGAAGAAGCUGCCUUACUGCCGCAAUCGCCUGCUUUCCCACUCCUACUGCCUGCACCCUGAUGUCAUGAAGCUGGCCUGUGCUGACACCCACAUCAACAGUGCCUAUGGUCUCUUUGUGGUGCUCUCCACACUGGGUGUGGAUGCAGUGCUCAUUGUCCUCUCCUAUGGUCUGAUCCUCUACACAGUGUUGUCCAUUGCCUCCAAGGCAGAGCUCAAAGCCCUCAACACUUGUGUCUCCCACCUCUGUGCUGUGCUGCUCUUCUACACACCUAUGAUUGGCUUAUCCAUGAUCCACAGAUUUGGGAAACCUGCUUUCCCUUCCAGCCGUGUGCUGCUCUCUUAUCUGCAUUAUCUCACACCUCCAUUGCUCAUUGUCUACACCAUUAAGACCAAGCAGAUCCGCCUGAGGAUGCUUCGUCUCUUUUGGUGGAAUAAAAGUAUCAUUAGACACAAGGAACAUAAUUAAACUCUUCACUGGAUGGAAGAAAUGCAGGCUGAUGCUCUUGCCAUGCUUGCAGCUUAAUCAAUGAUUUAGUACCCGGCAAAUUAUACAGAGAACCAAUCAAAUUAAGACUCCAUCUUCAUUCUCAGUAACUUCACUCCCUAAUCAUUAGAUAUAAUCUACAUAUUUAUCCUUAUUUUAUUAAAAACAUACUUAUUGAGAAUUUGCCCUAUAGUCUGAACUCUGCUAAAAUCUAGAGACCAAAAGAGAAUUAAAUUGCUGCCUCAGUUUUGAAAGUGAAUUUGACAAUCACUUUAUUUUGAUUGAAGAUUACACAAUCAUGUAAAAUUGCUUAGGGAAAUAGUAACAGUUUUUAAAAAUCCAAUCCUUUCAUUAUUGUUGGUAGAAGAGGAAGAAGAGGCUGGCAUUGUGGUUGUUCAUUCAGAGAAAAGAUCUUUGGCAUAUUUGCAUCCCCAGUUAAAUAUCAUCUCCGGAAAUUGUGUUUGCUGUUAGUCACAUCAUCACUUGAGUAUAAUAUUGUGCUUUGCAC